CCCGCGGGCUUCUGGCCACUCUCCUCCGGGGGCGGGGGGCGGCUGAGGCAGCGCCCAGAGCCGUCGAGCGAGGCGCAGGCAGAUCAGCAAACAGCAUGUACUCACCCAUCCCCCAGAGUGGCUCUCCCUUCCCGGGCUCGGUGCAGAACCCCGGCCUGCACGUAUGGCGGGUGGAGAAGCUGAAGCCAGUGCCCAUAGCACCAGAGAACCAGGGCGUCUUCUUCUCCGGGGACUCCUACCUAGUGCUGCACAAUGGCCCAGAAGAGCUCUCCCAUCUGCACCUGUGGAUAGGCCAGCAGUCAUCCCGGGAUGAGCAGGGGGCCUGCGCUGUGCUGGCCGUGCACCUCAACACCCUGCUUGGGGAGCGGCCUGUGCAGCACCGCGAGGUGCAGGGCAAUGAGUCCGACCUCUUCAUGAGCUACUUCCCACGUGGCCUCAAGUACCAGGAAGGCGGUGUGGAGUCAGCCUUUCACAAGACGUCCCCAGGCACCCCAGCGGCUAUCAAGAAACUCUACCAAGUGAAGGGGAAGAAGAACAUCCGUGCCACCGAGCGGGCGCUGAGCUGGGACAGCUUCAACACCGGGGACUGCUUCAUCUUGGACCUGGGCCAGAACAUCUUUACCUGGUGUGGUGGAAAGUCCAACAUCCUGGAGCGCAACAAGGCGAGGGACCUGGCGCUGGCCAUACGGGACAGUGAGCGACAGGGCAAGGCCCAGGUGGAGAUCAUCACUGAUGGGGAGGAGCCGGCCGAGAUGAUCCAGGUCCUGGGCCCCAAGCCUGCUCUGAAGGAGGGCAACCCUGAGGAAGACCUCACAGCUGACCAGACAAAUGCCCAGGCCGCUGCUCUGUAUAAGGUCUCUGAUGCCACUGGACAGAUGAACCUCACCAAGGUGGCCGACUCCAGCCCCUUUGCCCUGGAGCUGCUGAUACCUGACGACUGUUUUGUGCUGGACAACGGGCUCUGUGGCAAGAUCUACAUCUGGAAGGGGCGAAAAGCUAACGAGAAGGAGCGGCAGGCAGCCCUCCAAGUGGCCGAGGGCUUCAUCUCCCGCAUGCGGUACGCCUCACACACUCAGGUGGAGAUUCUGCCCCAGGGCCGUGAGAGUCCCAUCUUCAAGCAAUUCUUCAAGGACUGGAAAUGAGGGAGGGCAUCUCCCUGCCCGCUACUCCCCUGCCCUCAUCUCCUGCUUUUUCCUCCUCUGGCUGCCUGGGCAGUGCUGAGUGCUGAGUGCCCCCUGCGGAUGUUCAAUAAAGGAGACAGUUCUUUCCCCUGCCCUGCCUGC